AUGGGUAUUAAGCACCUCUUCCAAAUCAUCAAGGAGGAGGCCCCCGAUGCCAUCAAGGAGGGAGAGAUCAAGGCGCACUUUGGCCGCAAAGUCGCAAUUGUAAGUCUGGAAAAAGUAUCCAUGAGUAUCUACUCUUUCCUCAUCGCCGUACGAUCCGAUGGCCAGCAGCUCAUGAACGAGAGCGGUGAGACGACUUCACAUCUCAUGGGUCUCUUCUACCGAACCCUCCGAAUGGUCGACAACGGCAUCAAGCCCCUCUACGUCUUCGACGGUGCCCCGCCCAAGCUCAAGUCUGGCGAGCUGGCCAAGCGAUUCCAGAGAAAGCAAGAAGCCACAGAGGGUCUUGAGGAGGCCAAGGAGACGGGUACCGCCGAAGAUGUCGAGAAGUUCUCCCGCCGAACGGUUCGAGUCACCCGCGAGCACAACGCCGACUGCCAGAAGCUGCUCAAGCUUAUGGGCAUCCCCUACAUCAUUGCUCCCACCGAAGCCGAGGCCCAAUGCGCUGUGCUGGCGCGAGCCGGCAAGGUGUAUGCCGCAGCCAGUGAGGACAUGGAUACCCUCACGUUCGACACGCCCAUUCUGCUGCGUCACUUGACCUUCAGUGAGCAGCGCAAGGAGCCCAUCCAAGAGGUUCACAUCGACAAGGUCCUAGAAGGCCUUGGCAUGGAACGCAAGCAGUUCGUCGACCUCUGCAUCCUCCUCGGCUGCGAUUACCUCGACCCUGUCCCCAAGGUUGGCCCUUCGACAGCACUCAAGCUGAUCCGCGAGCACGGUGACUUGGAAACACUCGUCGAGGCAUUCAAGAACGACCCGAAGCAGAAAUACGUAAUUCCGGACGACUGGCCAUACCAGGACGCCCGCGAGCUCUUCCUCAACCCCGACGUGCGGCCGGCGGACGACCCGCUGUGCGACUUCAAGUGGGAGAAGCCCGACAUGGACGGUUUGGUGCAAUAUCUUGUCACGGAGAAGGGCUUCUCCGAAGACCGCGUGCGGGCGGCCGGUGCCAGACUGGAGAAGAACCUUAAGAGCAGCCAGCAGGUCCGUCUGGAUGGCUUCUUCAAGGUGAUUCCCAAGACGGAGGAGGAGAAGGCGGCGCACAAGCGCAAACUCGACGCCAAGAACGAGGAAAAGAAGAAGAAGCAGAAGGUCGAGAAGAAGGAGAAGGCGGCGGCUAAGGCUAAGCCUCGCGGGGCCUAG